GUGUCGCGGUACUAUCUUAAUGAUGUUAAAAAAAAGCUGGUUUAACAAGCUUGAAGUUAAAAAAAAAUGACGGAGGAAUGACUUCCUGCUUGAUGUCUUCUUCCGGGUUCAGUCGUAGUUUGUUGCCGCGGCUGCUUUACAUCGAGCCAUCACAACCAUCGUGCGGAGGAAAGCGAAUAACCUCCCGAGUCUGGGAAAGUAUGGAUGAGGUUCCGCAGCCGAAGUGUGCUGAUGUGGACAGCUGUGUAACAAAGAAGAGAGAUGAUUACUUGGAAUGGCCAGAUUACUUUAUGGCUGUCGCUUUUCUCUCUGCCCAAAGGAGCAAAGACCCAAGUUCGCAGGUUGGGGCAUGUAUAGUGAACCAGGAGAAUAAGAUAGUUGGCAUUGGUUACAAUGGUAUGCCAAAUGGCUGUGAUGAUGAUCUACUACCGUGGUCCAGGACUGCUGAUGAUCGGCUCAACACAAAAUACCCAUAUGUGUGCCAUGCAGAGCUGAAUGCCAUAAUGAACAAAAACAGUGCUGACGUGAAAGGCUGCACCAUGUAUGUGGCUUUGUUCCCCUGCAAUGAAUGUGCCAAGCUCAUCAUCCAGGCUGGUAUUAAGGAAGUGGUCUAUUUGUCUGACAAGUAUCACACCACACCGGAGAUGACUGCUUCCAGAAGGCUGCUCAGUAUGGCAGGCAUUCAAUUUAGGCAGUUCAAGCCCAAAAAGACCAAGAUUGUCAUUGACUUUAAUUCCAUCAACAACCCUGGAAUGCCAGACAGCUCAGCCAUUUGAAAAUGAGAACUGCUCCCCACAAGAAGCUGCUAAAUGAGACGGGGAGGAGGCAGAAGAAACUGUGGAGAUACAAAUUAAUAUUUUUAGCUUUUAGAAUUUCCUUUUCGGUUUAAGGGAUAUACAGGGACUUUGAAUGAGUUGUGGGUUGAGUUUAAUGUCUUUUGUGUUGUCAACCAGAUUUUUUUUUAUAGUUAUCUGCUCAGGGGAAACUUUAAAUGUGUUUUUUAUCCUCCUUUAAACAGGGUUCCUAUUAGUCAAAAGUAGUCUUACUAUUCAGUUCAUUUUAGGUUUCACUAUGACAGAGGAAAAUGCGUAAUAAAUCAGAGUUCUCUGUUAAAAUUUGGGAGCUGCUCUAUUUUUAUAUAGCUGGGUUAACUAUUUAGAUUUCCACUAUACAGGUAUUUUUUUCUAAAAUAAGUUAGGUUUGAACUUUGGUUCAUCAAACCAGUUUGCAAAAAGUUGCCUCUGAAAAUUCAGCUGGUGCUGUAUGAAUAUUGUCUUUAAGCCAUUUUUGGUGGUCUCAUGUCUCAUCUGUAUGCUAUCCUCAAUAUAAAAAAGGAAAGGUUUAUGAAUGAAAAUGAAUAAAAUGAGUUAAUGUUGAA